AAGUGGUGGAAGUGAUGUUGACUUUUUUUUCUUGAACAGCAUAUAUAAAGAGAGAAAAGCAAUACGAACACAGCGCUAAGGACGUUGAACUCUCCCAGAUCGUGAGCAUUCAAGGUUGUUAGGUGAGGAACAGUUCAGCACCAUGGACAGAAGUCGAGGUAAUCCCGCCGCAAUACUGACAUUCUACAAUGCGAGGUACGCUCUCUUCCUAGGCAUGUGCCUCUGUGCCUUUAUCUCUGUUUGCCAGGGGCAGAUACAGGAGCAAGGUGCAUCUGAAGAAGAGAGGGCUCUACACCAAGGCUAUUCCGCCAAUGAACUGGCAGAAGCACUGGAAGACAUCUUAGGUAGUGCUCAGGACAACAGAGUUUAUCUGGAGAAAAAAGCAAGUCAAAUUCCAAGGUGUAAUGUUGGUGAACGCUGUGCUGCAAAAUACGGCCCACGUAUUGGGAAGCUAUGUGACUGCCUCCGUGGUGCAUCUUGCAACACCUUUCUAUUGCGAUGCUACUAACUCAUCUGACUUAAGCCUUCAUGCAACAGGAACCAUGAACCCCCUUGUUAAAUUGUCAUGUAUAAAUCACUGACCAUCCUAUGAAACUUGCUGUCAGUAAAUCUGAGGUCAAAGCUUGAACAUCACUUUGGUGAUAGAGGGAACAUAUCUUUCUCAUUACCAUGUGAAGUGACUUAAAAAUAAUGCCUUUUAAUUGAAUGAAUCAUGUUGUUUUCAAAAAUGGACAGUGUUCACUGGUAACAGCCUUCCCAUAUCACGUAGAUUAGAAUACCAUCAGAAUAGCUCAUAAAAGAUGCAUUCUUGUUUUCAUAUAUGUUAAUAUGCUGCCUAUAUUUUUCUACAGAUUUUGGUAGAUAAAACAGUGGAUGACGUUUCCCAAAUUUACAUCUCAAACUAAUUCAUUUUUUUUAAUUUAUUGCUGAAAAUGAUUUUUUUUAUUAUUUGAUUAUCCGCAGAGACCAGAUGAAGGGUGCAUAACUCUCAGGCAAUGAACAUUUUAAAUGACAUUUGAAUUUUCUUUCUCUUUUUCUAAAAGUAGUCAACAUUUCUAACGGGAAAAGGGGAACACAAAUAUAAGUUUUGCACUGACUGCAUUAUUAUUUGGAGAUAUAGCUUAUGUCUACAAUAAGGCAUAACAAGGGGGUGUGAUUGUUGGAUAAUGUUACUUUGGAAGUAAAUCCUGUGCAGUUCUAAUAACAUUACACAACAUAAAUAUGGUAAUAACCCAUGCCUCAAGUGUAUUCCUCUGAUAUAAAUUAAGGUGUGAUCUUUACACUGAAGUGAUUAGACUAGAUAUAACUUCAACAUAAGGCUGGAUUCCACAGUACGAUAUUUAACAAAUGAAUUUAUGUAGGACAGACUUAAUUUGGUAGGGCUUAUUGAAGGGAUGCUUCUAUGUUUGCUAAUUAAAGGGAUGAUCCUAUGUUUGUUUACUAAAGGGAUGGUCCUGUGUUUAAGAUGUAUGUGACAUACCACCGUCAGUAACUCCAUUGUCUGUUUCAGAUCCUGCUGCUAUUUAUUCCAUUCAAUAUUUUCCAUUAACCAUGUUGUGGCAUUCAAUGGUAUUUUAAUAAAAAUUUCAUGAAAACUA